CUAGCAGCUACCAAAAGUAUACACAGUAUAAAAAGAAGACAGAAGAUGGCUGAUACCUAUGAGAGAGUCAUUCUAGCCAAGCCAGAUGUGUUUGUGUACCAGAUACCACCUCGUGGCUCCACUACCAGAGCUGUGAGGGCUGCUGACUGGCAACUCACUGAACCGAACUGGAAGGGCCGAAUGAGAAUUGUUGUUAAAGGCAAUGUCUGCUGGGUUAGACUUGAAGACAGAAUUAGCGGUGAGCUUUUUGCCCAAUCUCCCGUGGACAAUCACCCCGGGCUGGCCAUAGAGCCUGUGUCUGACUCGAGUAGGUACUUUGUGCUGAGGCUACAGGACAUCUCCGGGCAACAUGCCUUUGUGGGUUUAGGGUUUGAGGAUAGAGGGGACGCCUUUGACUUCAACGUGGCACUGCAGGACCACUUCAAGGGUGUUAAGACAAGUCAAGAAAUAGCUAAGCAGGAGACAGAGCCAGUGCAACACAAGGACUACAGUCUCAAAGCAGGACAGAAGAUACAGAUCAAUCUUGGGAAAAACAAGACUGGAGCUGGAGCCAGUGGAGGAGCCAGCAAGCCAAAAUCAGUCGGUCUAGGUGUGGGUGGUAGUCUGCUCCCUCCACCUCCCACGAAUGCAGCUCGUCCUUUGAACCCACCGCCAUCACAGAAACCAAAAGACGACUGGGGUGACUUUGAGUCGUUUGGUACAAAACCGAAACCACAAACUGAGGGUAGUGGAGGGGGGUGGGUAGAAUUCUAACUUCUGUAGCAAUGGUUUUAUAUGUGUCGUUGGAUGUUUUACACACUGUAAUACGAUAAUAUUAUGAUUGUAUACUUUAUGAUCUCAGAUCUCAGAGUAUGAUUUUCUUUAGUGAUGAUCCUUUAACUAA